GGAGUUAGUGAGACUGGCAUUGUUACUGCUUGCUUGCGUAGAUUACAGAGGUACAACUUUGCAAGUAUCCGAUUGGAAUAUCGUAGUUUUGCCGGGAACAAGGCAAGAUCUUCGCAUGAACGAUUUAUCGAAGCGUUUGAUACGGAUAUGAUC